AUGCCGCCGCGGAUACCAGCUGCCCGCGCCCUCAGCGCGCCCUCGCCGUCAGGCCUCCUCUGCCGCGCCUUCUCCUCCACGCCGUGCCGCGCCGCGCCCCCCCGCGAAGCGCACCCGGCGCAGCCUCACCACACCCAGCCACGCUCGUCACCCUCCGCGCCCUCCUCCUCCUCCUCCUCGUCGCCGUCCUCCACGAGCAGCCUCCUCUCCAUCAACAGCGCCGACCGCUACAAGCGCGCCGGCGGCCACCAGCAGCAGCAACAGCAGCAGCACCAACACCAGCACCAGCACGCCUCGCAGCGCGGCGACGCCGCCAGCCGCCUCCUCAGCCGGUACAAGAACCGCGCCGAGACGGCCCUGCGCGCCAAGCAGGCCCAGCUCGAGCUCCUGCGCAACCAGAAGAACUCCAACGACUACCUCAAGCAGAUGCCCCGCCGCUGGGACGCCGGCGACGUCUACUCCCCGCACGACCUGAGCCCCGUCGAGAUGCAGAAGUGGCGCAAGCGCUCCCAGCGCGGCGGCGACGUCGUCGACGCGCUCGGCAUCCGCCCGCUCGACAUGUACAAGAACUUUUCGCUCGUGCAAGAGUUCACGUCGUCGUCGGGCCAAAUCACUCACUCGGCCGGCACGGGCCUGCGGCCCGCCAACCAGCGCAAGAUUGCAAAGAUGAUCCGCCGCGUCCAGGGCAUGGGCAUCUACCCGACCAUUCACGACCACCCCGAGAUGAUUAGAGACGACUUCUUCCCGGAGAGGAGGGAUCGGUGA